UGUGUGUGUGUGUGUGUGUGUGUGUGUGUGUGUAGGAUACACUACAGCGGGUACUCCGUAUAAAGUGCCCCCCACCCAGACGAACGGAGCCCCUCCGCCAUACUCCCCCUCUCCCAACCCCUACCAAACAGCCAUGUACCCUAUCAGAAGUGCCUACCCCCAGCAGAACAUGCAGAGUAUGCAGAACCUGCAGAGCAUGCAGAACUUGCAGAGCUUGUAUGCACAGGCGUAUUACACCCAGCCUGUUUAUGCUGCUCAGCCUCAGCCUCAUGUAAUCCACCACACCACAGUGGUUCAGCCAAACAGCAUGCCCUCAGCCCUCUACCCCGCCCCGGUCCAAGCCCCUAGAAACAACGGAAUGGCUGCCAUGGGGAUGGUUGCCGGGACCACCAUGGCUAUGAGUGCAGGAACCCUGUUGACCACGCCUCAGCACGCUCAGCUGGGUGCUCACCAACACGUCACCAUGCCACAGUACCGGUCCCAGGGCACACCUGGUUACAGCUAUGUCCCUCCCCACUGGUAGACCCCGCCCCCCGAGAGAUCUGGAGUCCAACGUAUGCAACUACUCCAGUCUUACACGGGCUUCUAAUGGUCACCAUGGCAACCUCACAUCUGUCUGCAACAACAAAACUAAAGAGCAACGGACACUUGCUGCAUUCUGUAGUGUUUUAUAAAAGCUUCUUUUUUAUUUUUUUACACAACGAUUCUUUUCUUCUUCUUUGAUUUGCCAAUAUGUCAAUUUGUUACGUUGUUUUCUUUCUUUUGUUUGUUUUAUUUAUUUCAUUUUUUAAAACUUUUUUUUUUAACAUCAUUUCAAUUUUUCCAUUGUCAUUGGAACUCCAGAGUGAUUGACCAAUCAUGGGUGUCUGUUGCUUGUGGUCCGUGUUCUGUUGGUGUGGUCCAGAUCCAAUGGUGGGAAUGUACUGGACACUUCCACCACCACCUUCAUCAUCACGCCAUCAUCAUCAUCAAUUUAUGCUGCCAAAUUUUCCUAACGAUUAGAUGUCAGCGCAGGGUUUUGAUUUCAUUCUUUCUGUUUGUUUUAACCCUUUUCAUUUUCCAACAAAGCACUGUCUUGGAACCUCUUUUCUCUCUGUUCACAAUCUCUGUUCCACUUCUUCUUCUCAUCUUCAGUUCAUCUUCCACUUCUGAUAACAAGGGUUGUCUUCCAGCUGCUAGCUGUUUCAUAGAUAGAUCUGUAAAGUCUAGAUCCGCUGUCUGACUAGAUCUGUAACGUCUAGGUCCACUGUCUGACUAGAUCUGUAACAUCUAGAUCCACUGUCUGACUAGAUCCGCUAUCUGACUAGAUCUGUAACGUCGAGAUCCACUGUCUGACUAGAUCCGCUGUCUGACUAGAUCCGCUAUCUGACUAGAUCUGUAACAUCUAGAUCCGCUAUCUGACUAGAUCUGUAACGUCUAGAUCCACUGUCUGACUAGAUCUGCAACGUCUAGAUCCACUGUCUGACUAGAUCCGCUAUCUGACUAGAUCUGUAACGUCUAGAUCCACUGUCUGACUAGAUCUGUAACGACUAGAUCUGCUGUGUGGCUGUAAAGACGUGGUGUGCACCAUCACACGGUCACAAUACUUACCAGUUACUGAAUUCAUCUCAAUAUAGAGGCCAUUUGUCAUUUAGCUUAAACUGAUCAAUUAUCAAAUGUUAAUAUAUUUAUAUAGCUGUGUGUACAGGAUGUGUUCAUGCACACAGUCACCUACAUACAUACAUACAUACAUACAUACAUACAUACAUACAUACAUACAUACAUACAUACAUACAUACAUACAUACAUACAUACAUACAUACAUACAUACAUACAUACAUACA